AGCUUUACCGCUGAGCGUGUAGUAUGUUUUAUUUGCUACACGCAGGUAAACAGAAAGAACAAUGUGAUCCUGGUGGCAGAUGAGGCGGGAUUGUCGGGAUGGAUGUGACAAGUUUUGAAAUGAAUUAUGAUAUGUCAAUUUUUAAUUCGCUUCCGCAAUAUUGUUGAAUACUCCGUACUGUAUAUGUUAUGAAAAAUAUUAUUGUGAUAAAUAAAAGUGUUUGAAAAGUUUUAAAUUUUUACGAUUUCCAAGUUAAUACUUUAGUCCAAAAGGGGCUGCAGACCUGGACGGAUUAGGGUGUUACAUGACUGGUGGGUAAUGAGCAUCGAUGGAUCUUCUAGGUCUCGAUCUUAUGGAGCAGGUAUUGUUCUGAUUACUCCGGAAAAUUUCCGGAUAUAUUACGCUGUAAGAUUUCAGUUCCGCGUAUCCAACAAUGAAGCUGAAUACAAAGCCCUGAUCAACGGACUGAAGAUUAUUGGCAAGCUAGGAGUGUCUAGGGUUCAAGUAUUCAGCGACUCCCGACUAGUGGUGGGACAAAUCAUUGGGGAGUUUGAAGCAAAGAAAGAGAGGAUGAAAAGGUACCGGGACUUGUCCUUAGAAAUGUUGGGAAGGUUUGAGUUUAAGCUUGAACACAUACCCCAGGCCCAGAAUGCGGAAGCUGAUGUUCUAUCCAAGCUCAGCGCAGAAUCACCAGAAUACAUAAGCCGAUUAGCAACUAUCGAAGAGCUGGCAGUUCCGAGUCUCAACAGAGAUGAAGUGUUUUAGAUAGCAGCUGAUCCCCCGGAAUGGUUGGACAUGUUGGCAAAAUACAUUGAAGACGGUGUAGCCCCGGAGGAUUCCCGAGAAGCCCGUUUGCUGCGGAUGCGGGCACCCACCUACAAGGUGCAGGAUGGAGUCCUCUAUAAGCGAUCUUAUAACGGUGUUU